ACCAGAAGUUGUGAAUGCCCCAUCACUGGAAGUUUUUCAAGAAGGAAAGGGGCUGGACUAGAAGGCCUCCAAGGUCCCUUCCAGCUCAAUUCUGAUUCCUGCUCUCUCUUCCUUUCAGGCUCUAGAAUGUUCCUCGGCAAACCGGAGGCGGAGCUGAGCGAGCUGCGGAGAAGCGUGGAGGACGCCAGCGGCACCCCGGAACAGCUGGAGGAGGAGCUGUCCAAGAAGAAACACCGGCGUAACCGGACCACGUUCACCACCUACCAGCUCCACGAGCUGGAGAGGGCCUUUGAGAAAACCCACUACCCGGAUGUCUACAGCCGGGAAGAGCUGGCCAUGAAGGUCAACCUGCCAGAGGUUCGAGUUCAGGUUUGGUUCCAGAAUCGGCGUGCCAAAUGGCGCCGUCAGGAGAAGAUGGAAGCCACCGCCAUGAAGCUCCACGACACCCCUGUGCUGUCCUUCAGUCGGCCCCCCAUGGCGGCCAACAUGGGGCCGAUCGGCAACUCUCUCCCCUUAGACCCGUGGCUGACCUCUCCCAUCUCCGGCGCCACCACGGUGCACAGCAUCUCGGGAUUGAUGGGGCCCAGCCAGGCCCUCCAGCCCACCUACCCAGGCCACUCCUUCCUCAAUAACCCCCCAGCCCUGCCCCAGAGCAUGCAACCCAUGGCGUACCAGUGCGCUACGACGUUUGUGGACAAAUAUCCCUUGGAGGAACUUGACCAGCGGAAUUCCAGCAUUGCCGCGCUGCGCAUGAAAGCAAAGGAGCACAUUCAGACCAUAGACAAAACCUGGCAGCCCAUUUGAUGGCGGGUCAGGUUGCCCUGCCGUAGCAAAAACACCGACCAGGCUGAGCCGGGACUAAGAGACUCUCUUACAAUUCCUGGUCAAGAUGUCGCUUAGUUUUCUCACGCCAUCACGCCGGUGAGGCACCGCGGGAAAAGGGAACCGCUCUCUGAUUCCUUUUGAUAGACCUCAGUUAUAAAGUGGAUUUACGCGCUUUCUUUCCCCCACCGGAUUGGUGGCAGGAGUGGGAUCUGCCGGAAAAGAAUUCUGGGCGGCGUCUUUGUCCUUGCAGAACUGCUGAAGUUAUUCUUACAGGCAGGCGUAGAAUUCGGCAGGGAAUUUCUGCAGGCCUCGAAACUCUCUUCCAAACCAAACCAAAUUCUGGAAGAACCUCAGGAUUUAUUUAUUGGGGUUUUUUUGUUCUUUUUCUACUGAAUACCAGCUGGGAAGGUGGAAACGAAGCGAAAUUGCACCAUUUCAGAACGGGUGUUUUUAAGCGAGAGGGCAGUUUUCUGCUCCGUCUGCUGUUACAUUUUGGGUUUUCUCCUGCAAUCUUGUUUGACCUUAAUUCAGCAGCUACUAUAGGUUAGUCCUUGGCUUACAACCGUUUGAAGUUUCAACAGCACUGAAUAAAAAAAUGACCUACGACCAUUUUUCACACUUAUGACCAAUAAUGGCAUCCCCAAGGCCACAUGAUCAAAAUUCAGACCCUUGGCAACGGUCUCCUAUUUAUGACGGUUGCAGUGCCCCGGGGGUGUGUGUGUCAUGUGAUCCCCUUUUGCAACCUCCUAAUUGCCAGAUUGGGGGGAGCCAGACGGGCUUAACAACCUUGGUGCUAACUUAACAAUUGCAGUGAUUCACUUAACAGCCGUGGCAAGAAAGGUCGUAACACGGGACGAGGCUCACUUAACCCACGUCUCGCGUAACAACAGAAAUUUUGGGCUCCGUUGUGGUCGUACGUCAAGGACUACCUGUCUAGGAUGGGAUUUCCAGGCUGGCCAGAUUAAAAACCAGCAAGCAACACGGGAGAAAAAAUGGACACUUCUCAGGGUUGUUGUCAUUUUUGUUAUUGUGGUGAGGAAGCACCCCUAGUCAGAAUGGCAAAAA